UUGUGUAUGCAACAGAGACAGAAGCCAAUCUUCUAGUAGCAUCCUAAGAGACAUUUUUAUGAACUUCAGAGUAGGAAGUAAGUAAUCUUUCAUUAGGUAUACCUUCUGACAAGGAUAUAUUAAUGCUUAUGUUUCCAUGAAAGGAUCUUAAAAGGCUGGUGGGAAAACUAGUGUAGUUACCCACAGAUAAAAAUAAGCAAAAGAAGGUAGCAGGUCUUUUCAAGGUCAGCAAAUCAGUGGAAUAGCAGUUUGUUUUAAGACCCAUGUAUUACUCAUAAAAUAUACUUGUCUUUUUCUGCCUGGAGAAUUCUUUUCCUCCUCCCAAUUAAUUUUUUCUCCCUAUUUUUCUCUCUUGCUUUUUCUUUGGACUAUUUUUCCUCACUUAACCUCUUUCUCUGAUGCUAAAAAAAAGGACAAAAGGCAAAAACCUGCAGGAACCAGCACAGUCAGACUCUUGUCUUUUAUUGCCUUUUUACUGUCCAGCACUGCCUUUUAAUUUGUGGGAGAGAACAGCAGGGGAGAUCAUUUCAUGCUGUAUAUAUUGCUGACAUGUGGAAUCAAGAACAGUUGCACUCCUGACUUCCUUUGAGAGUGGCUCCCUCAGCCAGGAAACAAUUCCUUUAAUGAAGCAGCCAUGCAGUACCAGGGCAGCCCAGCAGCCUUUGUUGUGAUAUUCAAAUCUUGUAUGCAUGGCAGUAUUUUUACCAGCUCUACUCCUAAUCUUGCUACAUUUAUAGGUGUGUUGAAUUUUCAGGUUUUAAAGCAUCACAGUAAAAAAAUAGCUCAAUCUUUUUAAUUUAUUUGCAAAAGUCCCAUUUUUGUCACAACUGUCUUAUUUUAAAUGUAAAUGUCCCAGAUUUGGGUUUCUUAACUAAAGGAGGAGGUAUAAUGCAGAAGAUACAAAAAUUAAAACUAUAUAAAAUACACUUUCAUGUCUCUGAAUGUUUGUUUAUUCUUUCAGCUCUUCUCACUUUAAAUUCCCCAAAUCAAGAUAUGAAGCACAUGAAAGGCUUUGGCUAUUCUGCCUUUCACAUCAUUAAAAUAUAGUACUGUUCUCAGGAUAAGCUUUGUUGCUGUCUGAUAAAUAUUCAUAAAAUGAAUGCAAUUCAGCAGAGUUCUGUAAUCUCACAAAAUAAGUACUUCUAAAAAAUCCUAUCAGCUCUGCUAAAAUUGCCUCUACUUUUAUACAAUUUUCUCAACUAAAAAAACCCCAAAAAACAGUAGUAGGAGUUAAGCAUUAUAUUGUUAUGUAUUACAGGCACAGAAUUAUUAGAAACUUUUCUAGGAUUGUGGUUUUUUAUUCUGUGUGAUAGGAGUAAUGUUGCAGAAGCUGAUAGGUGUUGAAGCAACACCAAAAAAUUAAGGAUCAGUGUAGAAUCCCAUAAGGACUGCAAGUCUGUGCUGUGCCUCAGGGAGACUUACAUGAUGUGAAGGGCUGUUUGGUUUAGGUGGGAUGGGUAUAAUUUGCAUAAAGCAAAAUACAAAUAUUUGAAUUCAUCUAAAAUAUAAGGUAGACAUUGUCAAGAUACUCAUUCUUGAACUCUAUUUUAAAGCACAAAAAAAUGUAAACCAUGAGAGUAACUAAUGAUAGUAGUGAUCCUGACAUUGAGUCUUGGAGUUGAGCAGCAGUGACUUAGCCUGUGCAUGUUUGAUCACUUUGAAAAACAGUUUUCCCACUGGCAGUUUUCCCACUGGCACUUGUCUGCAUACCAGCUCCUGCUGUCAUCAGAUCAGGGAUUUUUGUCAGGCUGCACCUUUGUACCUGCAUUGAUUAUGAGUUUGGCAUUUGAAUGACUCUUUUUCCAGACCUGUUUAAUAGGAGAGCAGGCUGUAGUGCUGUUCAGUGAAUGAUCACAGAAGUACACUUGACACAAGCAAUAUUAUUGGUGCUUUUCCUCCAGUUCAGUAAGGGUGGAAAAAAAGAGUAUUUUGAGUUGAAGUAUUUUGGGGAGUGGUCAUUAAUGUGUUAUUUUCCAGCUCUCUUGAGCAAACCAGAAAUUUUAUCUCCAAGGUCAUCCCAGACCCACAGCUGUUUUCAAGCUAUCCUGCCUACUCAAGAGUCUUUUGGAAACCUUAGGAAGAUUCUUUGAGUUGAAAUAGGACUUUUACUUCACAUUCAUGUCUGUUAAGUCUAAACUAUGUUUUGACCCCCCAUCAAACAUGGCCUGGUAAGCCAGGUAACUGCCUCCCUGGGCAUUUUUGUAUUUCUCCCACAGAGACCAGGUGAAAUGCGUUACCGUGUUUUCCUCCCUGUUUCAAGCCCUAGUUGGGACGAUAAACCCAGCUGGGAUUUGUCUCCUGCCUCCCCAGGUAACGAGGAAAUUGCUGGAGGGAGGUUCCUGGGCUGACCCAGAGCUUCGAAGCACGGCUCCGAAAGGUAGUACCCUCCUCAGAGCUACCACCCCGGGGAGCGAGGUCCACCGGGACCACCCGCCCCGGCGCUGCUGCUGCGCGGAGGCUGCCGGUGCCACGGUACCCGCGGGGAAGGGAGCGCAGAGCAGCUGGGCCGCUCGACACCCGCUGGGGCAUCGGCUCAAGCGGCCGGGCCUCCGGGCACUGUAGCGGCCGCGGGCCGCCCGCUCCGGGAGGCGCGGGUGGAACGGCAGAGCCAGGGCCUUGAGGCGGGGAGGCGCCGGGGCAGAAGCACGCCUGGCCGCCCCGUCGCAGCGAUCCCGUGAGAGUACUCGGCGGCUGCGGGGAGAAGGAUUUGGGAAAGGGGAGAUUUCUCCGGGGAAGGUGGGCGGAGGCGUGUGAGGGAAGGGGAGCCGGCGGGGCGCCGGGGCGAGGAAGGCCCGCUCCGUGGCGCUCAGCGCCGCCGCCAGGCUUCGCCUCCCCCGCCCGUUAUAGGCCCGUCCCCCGCUGGUGCGCGUCAGUUGGGCGCGAGGCGGAGCUGAGGAGCGCGGCGCGUGCCGGGAACGUGGCGGGCGCCGAGGUGGCUGCGAGGACCGAUGGAUCCCGAGGGCGCGGCCACUGAUCAGAUGCAAACAGAAUCUUCACCUUCAUGUCCCAACACUGUGUCACCGGUGAGGUUAAAUAAUCUGAUCGGUUCUCCAAGGUUUGGAACAGUUACUCCAAAUCGUGUCUUUGUUGGAGGAAUUGAUUUUAAGACUAAUGAAAAUGACCUGAAGAAAUUUUUUGCUCAGUAUGGCAGUGUGACAGAAGUGAAGAUAAUAAAUGACAGAGCUGGAUUCUCAAAGGGGUAUGGCUUUGUUACGUUUGAAACCGAAGAAGAGGCUCAGAAGAUUUUACAAGAUGCUAAAAAACUCAAUUAUAAGGAUAAGAAAUUGAAUAUUGGACCAGCAAUAAGAAAACAAGUGCGGAGUCCUAAUGCUCGUUCUGCUAUGACACCACAAGCUGGUACAAUGUAUGCAACUACUGCUGUAUCACCAGAAGCUGGUACAAUGUACUUGACCACUUCGAGUGGAUAUCCAUAUGUUUACCAUAAUGGAGUGGCUUAUUUUCAUACAUCUGAAGUCUCUCCUGUUCAGCAGCCAUGGCCAUCUCGCUCUGUUUCCAGUUCACCUGUGAUGGUCGCUCCACCUGUUUAUCAGUCUCCUACGUACCAUUAUCAGGCACCAACACAAUGUCUUUCAAGUCAGUGGCAGUGGUCUGUUCCACAGUCUCCUACCUCUUCACCUCCACUUCUGUAUCUGCAACCAUCUGAAGUCUUUUAUCAGCCAAUAGGAAUUAACCAGGAAGGUGGAUCUAUGUCUCUACCUCUCCUAGUGGAAGCUGCAGUUCCUGAGCUGUAUUCUGACCAUGGAGUUCAAACACUACAUCACCAGCCCUAUGUCCAGAGUCACAUAGCCAUGCCUGCAGCUUCCUUCCUGUGUGGCUGAGAUCCAUCAUCUCCAUAACAGCUAGCAGCUGCCAGUUGUGGCAUUUGGGGAAUUGAGGUCGCAUUCUGUGAGAAGAAAUGUUCUGCAUCAUUCGUCUGCGAGUCUGAAACCUCAGUCUGCAUGAAGUCAUCAGUUUCAUCCAGAAAAAUUACAGAAUGGAAGAUAAAAUUUCACACUACCUUCUACAGAUGCUGUAAAAUACUGGUUUUUAGCCAUGUAUUUGCUAAAAUACCUAUCACAGAGAGGGUGUGUUCUUCCUAACUUCUGACAUUUCCUUGCAAGUUCCCCACUACUUUUUUCAAGUAAGAACAUGAAAUUUUGUAGUUUGGUCAGGUAAAACCACAUGAAAUAAUAAUUUUAUCCCUGCACUUCCUUUCUUAGUAGAAACCUUGUUACAGGACAAGAGGGUGAUUUCUGAAACACAGACUGCUCUAGGUAUUCUAGUUACUAACCCAGACUGAAAGCCAGCGUACUUCUACUAAAGAGAAGUACGUUUAAUUUCUGGGUUCCAUAAACUUUAAAGAUACAUUAGUUACAAAGUUGAAAGCAUUUUGCUACAUGCAGCAUUUUUGCAUUGUGGAUAAAAUCUGGUUAUUUAAAUCUAUGUGAAUUUCAUUUCCAAAUGAAACAAAUUUCAUUCCAAACAAAACAAUUUGUCUAGCCUAAUUUUUCUUGCUAUCAGUAUUCUCUACUUUUAUACGGUAUUUUACUUGUGUGUCAUUUUAGUGUUUGCAGUAAUAACUUUUUAAAAUAAAAUUUGGACCCCUAGUUUAAUAAUGAUUUGUUCUCAUUCUAAUAUUUUUCUUGCAUAUGCAUUUGGUUUUAUAGUAUGUUUUUAACUAUAGAAAAAGGAAUGAAUUGACUACUUGAAUUAGAAAAAGCAAUGAAAAUGAUUCUUUGGGGUUUUCUGUUGUCCUGUAUGAAAAUAAGGAAUUCACUGGCAGUGUCACAAAUUGAGAUGAAAGACAAUUUUUUCCUUGAAUUCAGGAAAAUAAUAUUGGGUUUUGGUCGUGAUGUGUUGUUUGUUUGGUUUUUUUUUUUUUGCUUCUCCCCUCGCCUCCUAGGGUUCCUUCUAUUCAUUACAAAAUCAGAUUCCCCAAAGGUUGAAAAUACCACCUCUGUAUUUAGCGGAGUGCAAGGUAUGGCUUAUUGCUUCUGUAGCACUGAAGCUUUUAAUUUUUUGUAUCUAAAAUAUCCUUGAGUUAUUCAAUUUUAUCUGGUUUGAAAUAAUUUGAGGAUUUUCUUUUUGUGUGGAUUUGUCUUGUUGGUACUUUCUUCCUUUUAAUCAUUCAGUGAUCUUGCCAAUAGGACAUUGUUAGUCAGUGAAUAAUCCAUGUAUGAUAUGUAAAUCUCUUUAAAGAUUCUUCUGGUUUUCAGUAGUGCUUUGUAGUGUUGUCCAGGAAGAGAGUUGGAGUCCAGUUCUGGUUUUAUACUUUUUGAAAUUGUUAGGAAAGGAGAUGCCAUGUACUAGGUCUUGGUUGCAAGUUUCCUCAUGUGACUUUGCACCUUCUGCUAGGUAGAAAAAUCUACACAAAUAUAAUUUUAAUAGUUUCUCUUUUUAAUAAUUUAUUGCUGUAGCAGCUGUAGUGGAUUGUUUUACCACUAAGUAUCAAAAGAAGUAUACAAUUUUUUGGAGACAUGUAGAGCUCAGCCUGUUUUUGACGGGGGAAGUUUUCAUUUUCUUUAAGUUCUCAUGUUUCUGAGCAUCUCUGUACCACAGACAGACAUGUCUGUCCAGUUCUGUUUAAUUUUCACAUUUUAGAACUUAUCAAUACAAAUUUAUCACAAAAAUCUUGGCUCAUCAAAGCCAUAAUUCAUUUCCAUGGAAGAAUUUUUACACAAUAGGUAUUUUUUAAUGAAGUUUUUUCUCUGAAGGUACCAAAGAAAGAUUGUGUUCUUACUUCUUUUGUUAGGAAACAUACAUUUGACCCAGGAUUCUGGAGAUUUAGUCCCAAGCCCAUAAAUUUGGAAUCUGCACUCUGUUUACCAAAUGUGACUUGCCUGUUUUUAAUAGUGCUUCAGAGAUUGAAGAAAUAAAUUUUACACUAACUUAAAAGAAGAGUGCUUAGAGGGAAGUCUCUCGAACUCAUUGCUUGCAAGUGUACUAAUACUGUGUAGUCACAUGUCAUCAGAUUGUGGCUCUAUUCCAGACACCCACAAAAUGUAGUUUAUUUUCUCUUAGUUGGUGCAGAUGUUAGAUUGUUGAUAAUGAGUUGAUCCCAUGGCCUUUGCUUCAGAGAUCACUCACUUUCUUUUUACUUGCAUGUGAACUUGAUUGUUUGUAAGGAUACUCAGUGUCAGGCACUUAACUAUCCCUGCAGUGUUCCCCUGUGGGGUGUGUAACAUCACUCUGGAGGCACUGUUAGUUAGGAUUGUAUCUUCAGGUCUUAACAAAGCCUUGUUUUGAUUUGAGAGACUGAGAAGAAGCCAAGUAGCUCUGAAUAUUGGUUUUCCUCCAGGAACUGGCAGUCACUGUUCAAAUACUGAGGCCUUUUCAUUUAUAUUGUAGCUCAUCUUUGUUCAGAAUGCUUGCCAAGAGUGAUGGCAUGACAUCGGACAGCAGUGACUGAACCAACCUUUCAGGAGUUGAAUCUCUCUGUAGGCAUGGUUGAGGUGUAACUGACUUACCUGUGUGAAUCCCUGUAGUUGAAUUAAAUGUGGGCUAGGGAAGAACUACAUUUCCUCAGUGCCUACAGUUGUGCAGUUUUGAUGUUCUAGCAUUCAUGACUUCUUGUUGCUUUACACAGCAGAGUCCUAUUCUGCUAGUUCAGCUUUCUGGAAUGUGGAGAUUCCCAUGCUGUUAAAUAGAAGUAAUUUAGUUAACCACAGAUCCUCAGAAUGAGGAUUUUGGGGGUUUGAGAAAGGGUCGUGUUCUCUUUGGCCUUCUGCAGUUUCCUACUGAUAAUAGUGAGGCUCCACACUCAUGCUAGGAGGGAACGUAUCCCCAUGUGCCCUGUGGGCAUGCAGUAACUGAUAGCAAAUCACCUUUAUGGAUUGGCUCUCACAUUCCCAUAUUAGCAAACUAAGUUAAUUUUCUGGCUUCCACCCCUUAGAAUUUAGGAGAACUGGUUGGUAUCUUCUGCUGAAAACUGGUUGGUUUUCUACUGAGCUAGUUGUUACAGUAUUUCUAGCAACUGCUGUCUGCUUAAUGUUCCAUUUCCAUUGCAAAAGGUUAGUUCUAGCAUUCUCUAUUUUAUUAACACUGGAUAAAAACUUGGACAGGCAGAAAGUUACUGAAGUUGUCUCUCAGGUAUUGUUGUAUAUCUGGUUGGCUAUUUUUUUGGGAAAAUGUAGAAUUCUCUGGUUCAUUAGCAUUUUUUGUUUCUGCUUCAGAUCUUAUGCAACAGAAUUUCUUGUCUCUGAAAAACUGUUUACAGUUUUCAUUUCAAAUUGGCAUUUCUUUAUAUUUGGAUACUCAUUUUCCAAAAUAGCUAAGAAGUCAUUGAGUAAACUGCAUUCCAGUAGUAACUAGCAGAACACAUGGCUCUCUUGAAAUGUUCUUCUCUGUUUAACAUAGUCAUAAAAUGUGAAAAGUUGUAUGUCUGCAAAAUACCUCUUUUUUUUUUAUAUAUAUAAUAGGUUUGUUCCUUUGUAAUGCUGAAGUACUACAGUAGGUUCACUUCACCUGCUGUAAAAGCUUCCUAAGUUUUCCAUUGAAAUAAAAAAUAUUCAGCUUAAGUCUUUAUUUUAAGGAUCCAGAAUACAGUGCCAUGUGUGCAGUCCUGCACACUAAUCCUUAUAUAGCUGUUAUACAGAAAAUGCAGAUCUAGCCCAUCCAGUUUCUUUCCAGAAUCCAUGGGUUUAGUUGGUGGCUAACAUAUGGCUCUAGUGUUUGAUACUGUAUUGAAGAUACAGAUGAUACACUUGCUGCUGCCUUAAUAAGUGAGACACUGUGAAUUCACAGAGAGAAAAGUUUAAUGUGCAGAUCUCAUUUUAGAGAAUUGUUAACAAUUUUAGAAUUUAAAAGCUCUUUCUAUUGAAACUGCUUGUAAUACAGCAAUAAUAAACAAGCUUCUAUAGUUUUGGAUUUCUAGUAAAGUUCUGAGUUGGUAGCUACAUGUUUAAUUCCAGCUGAUCUAUAUUUACUGUUUGGAUUGUAACUUUUGUUUAUUGUAGUAUCAGAGUUUUAAUAUGGGUUUAAAAAAUGAAAAAAAUUAAAUUUAACUUUGAUCAUUAAACUAUGUUUUAAUGACUGCAAAAGCAAAC